CCGGCACCAUUCCUGGCACCUGGGGGCUGAGGUGGGGACCGAGCUGGCUCACAAGCCUCUGUUCUGUGACAUGUCUCUGUUUCCUGUUUCUCCCCCAUCAGGGGCAGUUUCAGUCUCAACUUCAAAAGAACAAACACGCACUCAAAACAAAGGAAGACGGUCCUCGACUGCAGAGGAAGCAGGAAGCUGUCGGCCUAGCUCUGAGCCCAGCUGCUGGAGCCCAGAGCAGCGACAUGGAGUCCGUGGCCCUGUACAGCUUUCAGGCCACAGAGAGCGACGAGCUGGCCUUCAACAAGGGAGACACACUCAAGAUCCUGAACAUGGAGGAUGACCAGAACUGGUACAAGGCCGAGCUCCGGGGCGUCGAGGGGUUUAUUCCCAAGAACUACAUCCGCGUCAAGCCCCACCCGUGGUACUCGGGCAGGAUUUCCCGGCAGCUGGCCGAAGAGAUUCUGAUGAAGCGGAACCAUCUGGGAGCCUUCCUGAUCCGGGAGAGCGAGAGUUCCCCAGGGGAGUUCUCCGUCUCUGUGAACUAUGGAGACCAGGUGCAGCACUUCAAGGUGCUGCGCGAGGCCUCGGGGAAGUACUUCCUAUGGGAGGAGAAGUUCAACUCCCUCAACGAGCUGGUUGACUUCUACCGCACCACCACCAUCGCCAAGAAGCGGCAGAUCUUCCUGCGAGACGAGGAGCCCCUGCUUAAGUCACCUGGGGCCUGCUUUGCCCAGGCCCAGUUUGACUUCUUGGCCCAGGAUCCCUCACAGCUCAGCUUCCGCCGUGGCGACAUCAUCGAGGUCCUGGAGCGACCAGACCCCCACUGGUGGCAGGGCCGGUCCUGUGGGCGAGUUGGCUAUUUCCCACAGAGUUACGUGCAGCCUGUGCACCUGUGAGCGGCCAGGCAGCUAAUCUGGCCAAUGGGCCAUUUUCUAGGAACUGAGGUCCAGAGAGGACCUGGACACCCCCAGCCUGGUCAAACAGUCAGCGGAUGGCCUUGGACUGAACGUGGGCUCCUAACUGCCUCCUGCCACUUCACACAAACUGGGAUGGCCCAGGUCACCCAGCAAGGGUACCUAGCAAGGGUGGCUCCGGGGCUUCUGGGCUGGUUGCUUCCCGUUGGCUGCCAGCUGUCUGCCACCACAGGGCAGAGUCUGUGGAGGCCCCACCCACCUCUUCCUGUCAAUGGCCUCAGGAAGGCUGAAGACUCCCAGGUUUCACCCACUGGAGGCUCAACCUGAGGAACCCUGGGUGUGGUGAGUGGGUUUACCUUGGACUGACCACCCCCUGGGCCUGCCUGCCUCUCCCUCAAAAAGCCCUUCUAGUUGUAAGGGCCCUUGGGAGGUGGCUUAGCCUCGGAGGACAGACUGCACAGCUGUUGACCUAAAUGCACUGGACUGACUCCAGGUGGACACCAACUCCUCAAGAGCCUCAUGAUUUCAGCUCCGCCCUGGAUACUGAGCACCCCGCCCCACCACAGGGGGAGAGGCCCAGAGAGCCAGAGCAAGGGGCGGGCAGUGGGGAAGGUAGAGGCACACCCUUCUCCUGUUGGACAGAUGACCCUAAGGCCAAGCCUUGGGCCCAGCCACGCAGAGACCCUGGCUGCCCUCCCUCUUGUUUGUCUGGGCCCAGGUUCUGCCCGGACAAGCUCUCAGGAGGCUGAGAAACCUACAGGCCAGACAGAAAGUUGGGGCCAGAGCUGAGUUUUAGAGAUUGUACAGGAUCUUGAAUGGGGGAGCUGCCUAGGUAGAGCAUGGCCCCUACCUGAGAAUGGGAGGGUCCUCCAGAGAAUUGCCACCAUCAGGGAUAGGAGCAGGGCCUGCCCAGAGCCUGGGCAGCUUUGGAAGGUGAGGGGGGACUUGGAAAGGCUUUGAAUACCAGGCUGAUGAUGGAGGGGACAGUGGGCAGGGAGGGAGGGCGAGGAGGCUCCUUCUGGCAUUUGGGAGCAGGUGAGUGGAGGGAGCAGUCCCUGGAGGAGGCUGCAGUCCCUUGGUGGAGGGCCUUGCUCUGGCCAUGUGGGGCCCUCCCUCCAUCCAGUGCUGGCCCAAGACCCUAAGAGCCCUGAGUGUUAGCAAAUCUCACUGCUCCUGACCCGACCUGUGUAUUCAAAAUGAAAGCAGUAAAAUCAACAUCAGGGUGUCCAUCAGAAAUCUAAUUUUCUUUCCAA